CGGGCACAUACCACCAUCACUUGCGCUGCGGGCAACAUAGCAAGCAGGCAAUUUAGCGUUGGUAUAGACACAAGCGCAUAUUUAGAAUAAUGCCAGGACCAACUGUGUACGUCGUCGUGGUGGCAGUUGUUGGCGCUGUCGCCGUUGGUUUCGCAUUGAAGGAGCUUGUAUUUGAUCCGUACGUUACGCCUCAAUUUACGCAGUGGCGUGAGGAGCGCAGGGCUCGCAAUGAAGAACGGCGACGUCGCCGACAACCUGCACCUCCACAUUUCACACACGAGGCAAGUCCAGUACGCAGCAGGGCAUCGACACAUGAGAUGCAAGACAUGGGCCUGUCCGGGAGCAGAGGAGAUAGCAUAAAUGUACCCUUAAGUAGUGGACUUCGACUCAGACGCAGCAACGCCGGUGUGUCAAAUGUCGAAGGUUCGACGGUACAAGCGCCCGGGCCCAUGGAUGCUCCCUCUGGAGACAAUAUUCCUUAUACACCACUCGCGCCUGAGCGAAACCCUUGGACAGACCCACAGUCGUCACGCUCGUCGACGCUCUCACCAUCACCUUCGCGUUCGCCGUUUGAGCUGGGCUCGGAAUCGGCAACGCUUCCAUCAACUUCCCCGAGGAUCGAUGACCUUUCUUUGGGUUCAUCCCGAGCAUCAUCCCCGCGCAUAAUUUCGCCACCGCGUAUUCAAUUGCCUACUCCUUCCGAGUCUGUUUCGGAGGAUAAUGCAGUACCUCGCCCAGGAUCACCAGAGACGCAUCCCGACUUACUCGAGUGGUCUGCUGUCGAGUCUGUCUCAUCACACAGCGGGCAUAGUGCACCUGCAAGCGAACUUCAGCAAUCCCAGACACUUUUGCUGGACCCACAUUCGGAUGUACAUGCUUCAGCAAUGUCGAGGACGGUUACCGAUACAUCCGCGUCAUUCAUGACCGCGCAAUCUCCUUCUACAGAAUUCCGCUCUUUCCCACCUAGCGCACUAACUUCACCGUUCUCCGAAACCUUCGCGCUCUCGGGAGAAGAGGAUAUGUACUCUCUUCCGUCGCACGUUUCGUCCUCCGAAUCUUUACCUGUAUUUGCCGCUCCUGAGGAUGAUGGCCGAGACGGGCUAACAUUCGUGGUCGGAAACACCGCCGAACAUCGCGGAGACUCUCAUUUUGAUGAUUCCUUGAGCGAUGAUGGUUCGGCUGGAAGCGGGUCCAGUGGCGGCUUCAGCGAUGAAAGUUGGUCUGAAUUCGGCGAGCCGUCCCAUGAUGGCGCCACGUCUCCGCGCCACUGAUGAGUGAAUCAAUUGAUACUAGUCAGUGUCGAUUCGAUGCGUUGCAAAAUACGACCAGUUUAACGAUUUAAGGUAGUAUCGCAUUUACCCCACAUCCACAUUGCUCUGUGGCAUUAACGUUCACCGUACGCACUAUACUCUGUCCACUACUGGUUUGGGCGUCGUUCUUCCCGCUUGUUAAUUUCUUUCAUACUUUUUCUGAUGACUACCAUCCACCUUGACACUGUUCCUGCUCUUCAGUUCUUAUUCUUUUGCUGGCAUACAUGGUCUCACCAGAGUUUAGUUCUUGUUUCUGUUCAUGUUGUAUCUUACUACGUGUACCACUGAGCAAUCAGCAUCUGCAACAUCAUUAACCGAGAGGUGCACCCCAC